GCGGGGCCCGACGGGAGAGGGCGGCUCGCCGGAAGUGGUCCCCGCCCGGCGGGGUCGGGGCUGCGCGGCGGGCGCCUGGGGGGGGAGAAGCCCACCCCGGAGGCGGCUUGGACCGGGUGCUGGACCACGGCGUCCUUCCCUGAGGGGACGAAAACUUCUCGGGGAAGGAAGGUAGCUGGGCUUGGCUGGAAGGGAGUAGUCGGGUCCCGGCCGGCAAAGCGAGGAGCGUCACGGCCAGUUGGGUUGGUUGCUGGGAAGCGGUGAAGGUUCCUGGAAUGGGGAGUGAGCGGCAGGACUCAGCAGCCAAGAUGUCUGUGGACCCGAUGAGCUACGAGGCCCAGUUCUUCGGCUUCACGCCGCAGACGUGCGUGCUCAGGAUCUACAUCGCGUUUCAGGACUACCUGUUCGAGGUGAUGCAGGCCGUGGAGCAGGCGAUCCUGAGGAAGCUGGAGGGCGUCCCGGGCUGCGGCCUCAGCCCCGUGCAGAUCCGCAAGUGCACCGAGAGGUUUCUCGGCUUCCUGAAAGGACGAUUCGACAGCCUCUUUGGCAAGAUGGAGCAGCUGCUUUUGCAGUUGGUUUUGCGCAUCCCCCCGGACGUCUUGCUCCCAGAAGACAAAGCCCAGGAGACGCACCCGUGCAGCGAGGAGGAGUUCCAGCUCCUCCAGAAAGAGAUCGCAGAGCUGCAGGAGAAGUCCAAGGCCGAGGCGUGCGCCCAGCAGGCCCUUCUCGCGGAACUGGAGGAGCAAAAAAUUGUUCAGGCCAAACUCAGACAGACACUGGCUUUGUUUGAUGAGCUUGACAAUGUUGGCAGGGAUCAGGGGACUAGUGAUUUUAGGGAGAGCCUGGGGUUCCUGGUCCAGAACUCCAGAAAGCUGCAGAGUAUUAGGGACGACGUGGAAAGGGAAGGCAAAAGACUGAAAGUGGCUUAACGUCUAGGUGGUAACAGGAGCCCGUCAGUGGAAUCGGAAGGGGUUUACGUCACGGAUGGUCUUACUCUAGCGAGCUGUGCAUUUCUCGGUUUUCCUUUGUCCGCUCUUUCUUGUACUCCGAGUCUCCCUCUGUUUCAGUCCACUCUCUUGGGCUGUCUCCACACUCGCUGGACUGGUCCCUGGAGCCUCUGUUCCUCAGAGACUCUCGCAGGGGGAAGGGGUCCCUGAUUUGGUAACAGCUCACUGGGGACCUGACCGAAGAGGCACAGGUGUCCUGGCCAGUCCGGGAUGUUUAGAAAAGUUCUGCCUUGGUCAUGGGUCCUGCGUAACCUCGAGCCCUUUGACUUUCUCUCCACACGCAGUCCCAUGAGGAAAGGGUGAUGUGGGUGGCAUCUCCCCUACCCAGCCACGCAUUGCCGAGAGAGAAAGAGGGAGAGAGACAGGGAGAGAGAGAGGGAGAGAGAGAGAGGGAGAGAGAGGGGGAGAGAGGGAAAGGCCAGCACAGACUGCCUGGUCUUGGCCCCCGCCAUGGGGAACUUGGCUAAUACACAGAAGCAAGUAGAAAACACACCCGGGAUCUUAAGAGGAAAGAAGCUGUUUUUGUUCCUAAAACAAGUCCUUUCCGCGAUCAGGCUUUCAGUGACGUGGAGCAGCCUGCCGUGCAGGGGCCCGCCCGGGGAAGAGCGAGGACCAGACUCUGCAGACCUCCCGGGACAGCAGGGACCGAGCAUGGCCGAUAGCGAAGUUUAUAUGAAUUGACUGCUAGGUAUUUUUAUCAUUUUUUUCAUCCUUCAGUUUUGAAAUCUGUGUCCUGUGCCUAAUACUUAAUUAACUUAUUUAUUCAUACCCCAAAACAUCAAAUAUUUAGUGCCCAUGGGAAAUUUUAGCUGUGUCUUGGGCUUAAAUUUAGUGGAGUCUAAUGCUUCCUUCUGUAAUUAAUCCGCGUAAAGUAUCCUAUCCUCCAGAGAAAGGACAGAUAGCGAAUCUUGCUCUUCAGGUGUUUCCUGCUCUCCAUGUCUUCUGAAUAACAGGAUUUGGAGCAGCUCCCUUAUACGGAAGAAAAACUCAGGGUAUUAAUAUUUGCAAUUAAAGACUCAUAGAUUCAAGGUGCCUGUGUUUACCUGGACUGUGUUUAUUGUCUAGGAGUCUUUUUCAAUCCUGUACAGUAAAUGCAUAUAUUUUAAAGGC